AUGCCUUCUGCCACUCGCCCCAGCUACGCUCGCAAGUUGACCACAACUUCGGGCGACUAUGACAUGUCAUACACCCCAGACGUUCGCCGCAGUCUCGGCACCUACGGCCUCACUCCUCCAGCCGUCGAGAGCUACGAUGUCCAAACCGACCGAUGCCUCCGCCUCCUCGCCAUGAAGCCCACUCCCCUCGAGAAAUUCCAGUACCUCGUCCACCUCCGAGCCACCAACGUCCACCUCUUCUACAGACUCCUAGGCGAGAAUAUCAAGGAAUUGACUCCUCUCAUCUACACCCCGACUGUCGGCGAGGCCUGCUUACGGUGGCACGAGAUCUGGACCCAACCCGAGGGCAUGUACCUCUCAUGGAGCGACCGGGGCAACCUCCGCAAGAUCCUCGACAACUGGCCACACGAGGUCGACAUCACUGUCCUUACUGAUGGUUCCCGUAUCCUUGGUCUUGGUGACCUUGGUGUCAACGGCAUGGGCAUUCCCGUCGGCAAACUCGCUCUCUACACGGCUUGCGCUGGUAUCAAGCCCGACAGCACUCUGCCCCUCACUCUCGAUUUGGGAACCAACAACCAGGCCCUCCGUGACGACCCUCUAUACAUGGGUUCCAGGAUGCCCAAGGUUACCCCCGAGCAAGAAAAGGAAUUCCUCGACGAGCUCAUGGUCGCCCUUACCGACCGAUGGCCCAGCAUCGUCAUUCAAUUCGAAGAUUUCAAGAACCCCUUCCCCGCCCUAGAACGCUACCAAAACCAAUACGCCAUGUUCAACGAUGAUGUUCAGGGCACUGGUGCCGUCAUUGUUGGCGGCUUCAUCAACGCCGUCAGGGCCUCUGGUGUCCCAGCAAAGGACCACAGGGCUAUCUUCUUGGGUGCCGGAAGUGCUGGUGUUGGUGUCGCCAAGCAGAUUGUUGAGUACUUUAUCAAGGAGGGUCUAACAGAAGAGGAGGCUCGCCGCAAGUUCUGGUUCGUCGACUCAAACGGACUUGUCACCCAUGACCGCGGCGACAAGCUCGCUGACCACAAGGUCUACUUCGCCCGUGACGACAACAACGGCCGACAAUACCAGUCGCUCAGCCGCCUCAUCGACUACGUACAGCCCACCAUUCUCAUGGGUCUAUCAACCAUUGGCGGUGCAUUCAACAAGGACAUUCUCGAGAAGAUGGCCUCGCUGAACAAUCGCCCCAUUAUCUUCCCUCUCUCCAACCCCUCCAGCAAAUCUGAGUGCACAUUCGAGGAGGCCGUCCUUGCUACUGAAGGCCGCUGUCUUUUCGCAUCUGGCUCUCCUUUCCCGGCAAUGGAGUAUGAUGGCAAGCUGCUCACCCCCGGCCAAGGAAACAACAUGUACGUGUUCCCAGGUAUCGGACUUGGCGCUAUCCUUUCCAAGGCCGUUUCUGUUACACAAGACAUGAUCUACGCUUCCGCCGAGUACCUCUCUACCUCCUUGAACAGGCAAGAGGUUGCCGAUGGCUGGUUGUACCCUGACGUUCGCCGUAUCCGUGAAGUCUCCGUCGUUGUCACCCGUGGUGUUAUCCGCGCUGCUCAAAAGAACGGUGUUGACCGUGCCACUGAGCUACGCGACAUGAGCGACGAGCAGCUCGACGACUUCAUCAAGAAGAGCAUGUACGACCCACACACCGAGAACCAAUACUUUGACCGCAAGCUGUCACAACUCGUCUCAAAUGAGAAGCUCAACGGCACCCACGUUGGCGUGACUGAGGUCACCCACGGCCUUGCUCACUUGUAG